AUGUGUUCAGGUGGACAGCCUUGCUCCCGAUGCCAACAAGCUGGACGUGGGGAUUCCUGUCAAUAUGCCGUUCGUGAUAGGAAGCUCAAAGUUCAGGAGAGCUACAUCGAUGAGAUCCUGUCCGAGAAUUCCCAACUAAAAGAACAGCUACGAGCUCUCAGCACACCGAAUAGCUUCCCAUCCAGCUCCGGACAGCUGCCUGUGCCGCCUCCAGAGACCUACCCCUCGGUGCAGAAUCCACUCCGCGGAGACCGCGCAUGGUUUUACCCAUACGACUCAUAUGCCCCUCCAGUCUAUAUGGGAGAAGCAGCAUGCACAGCAUUCUCGACGGGCUGCCUCACGUCGCGAGAACCCAGUACACGUCUGAGUCUUCUUUGCUCGAAGGCGCCACUCAGUGGCCUGGGCUUGCCCAAGCUCCCGUGUGUACCAUCUGGUUCUUCGCAAGUCAACCCUCGGUCAGCUAGACUCCGUCUAUCGAACUCCUCGCUGCGAGAUGAUCCCGCUCUCACAUGUAAAUUCUUUGGUCUUUUUGCCCUAGGAGAGGUUUAUUCCUACCGGUCGAAUGCAUCAUCCUCUAGCCGGGUCCCAGAAACUAAGUACUACGUUCGGGCAAUGAGUCUCAUACCCAUCAUGCCGGAACGCCUGGGGAUGGUCCAUGUGGAGAGCUUGCUGCUCUUGUCUCUAUACUCCUAUUUCCUCAACCGAAGACAUUCAGGAUACAUGUUAAUCGGCAGCGCAAUGCGUUUGGGUUUAGUCCUUGAAGUCAACCAUAAUAUCCCCGCGCAACAUUGUGCGGAUCCUAUAGAAUGUCAACACAGAGUACGGCUCUGGUGGGCUAUUUACGUAUUUGACCGAAUGUUUACGUCAAAAAUUGGAUUUCCAUUGCAAAUCCGUGACGAAGACAUCCAUGUCGGCUUGCCAACAGACGUUGAUGAUCAUACUGCUCAGGAGCAAUUUUCUGAUACCGCAUAUCUGGUUGCUAGCAUCACACUGUCGCGCAUCAUAGGACAGACGGUCGACAAGAUAUACGGCCGCAAACAUCAUGUAGAACCAUUCCUGCAACGAGAACAGCAGCUGUUAUUUGCUCUGCAAGAUUGGCUACAAUCACUCCCAGUCCAUCACAUUGUCUCUUCGCAUCUACAAUUCAAUCAGACUGGUCAACGAGUACAUGCUGAACACCUUCCACAGCCCGUGAUCACAAUCAGCGAGGCAUGCAUUCACGCCGCUCGGCACUCGCACUCCCUCAUCAUUGAAGAAUGGGUCAAUAGCUCCCUGCCGAUGUAUGGCUAUUUUUAUGCCCAGUAUCUCUUCUCCUACUGCAUUGCGUUGGUGAUCUCAGGUCUCCUUCCGUCCAUUGGAAACCCUGCAGACCUAGAGACCCUCGGAACGGCCACUGAAAUCUUGCACCGCAUGAGCGACCAAGGGAAUCUCGCCGCUGCCGAGUUCUCUGGAGAUCUCAGGCGCGUCAAACAAGCACUACCUGCAACAUCAGAUGAUACACAUUAUGGAGAAGAGCCCCGUAGCCAUACACCAGGGCAAUCAGUUCCAUCAAUACUAGCUACGGCAGUAGACCCUGCGCUGAAGACCCACAGCAUCGGACCCUCACAAAGUGCGAGUUACACAAUGGAGAUGGCGUUCCUGGAGCCAACGAUGCAGGACUUUCUCGGGACAAGGCACGGAAAACAUCAAUUUUGUGGCCCGGGAUUCUAUGGACUUCUUGAGGAUGUCACUUUCAUGAUUAUUGCUCUGUGCCCUUCUUUUAUGGGAAAUAUCGCUGGCGCGUAG